UUUCACACACUCUGAGUAGCAGCAACUUUAAGCUAGAUAGCACUCUCGAUAAUCGUGAGAUAGCAACAAAACAAUAAGCAGAGGCAGAGAGUGAAUUACUUUUUUCUCUGGCUUCAUUCGCUUUGGUGAAUAUCUAAUUUAUGUGAUCUGUAAGUAAAUGGCAGCAGCCGCUUUCACCAGGACUCUUUUGGGUCAUCGCUUCAUUCACUGCUCUCAAUCCCUUUCACUCAAAAUCCAAACCUUUCCUUCUCUUUUUAACUACUCUCAGAAAAGACCAUUCUACAUCCGAGCUGACCCUGUCCAUACAUCACAUAGGACGUCUGGUUGGGUUCCUCGAGUUAUUGCUUCCACAAUGGUUGGAACAAAAGCUAGUUAUUCUACACAAUCUUUACCUGCCAAUGAACCUGUUGUCUCUGUUGAUUGGCUCCAUGCAAAUCUCAGGGAGCCUGAUUUGAAGGUGUUGGAUGCAUCCUGGUACAUGCCAGACGAACAGAGGAAUCCAAUUCAAGAGUAUCAGGUUGCUCACAUUCCUGGUGCCCUUUUCUUUGAUGUAGAUGGGAUAUCAGAUCGAUCUACAAAUUUGCCACACAUGCUGCCAUCAGAGGAAGCUUUUUCAGCUGCUGUUUCAGCUCUUGGGAUUGAGAAUAAAGAUGGAUUGGUUGUUUAUGAUGGGAAAGGGAUUUUUAGUGCAGCUCGUGUCUGGUGGAUGUUUCGAGUCUUUGGACAUGAAAAAGUUUGGGUGUUGGAUGGAGGCCUGCCAAGAUGGCGUGCAUCAGGAUAUGAUGUUGAAUCUAGUGCUUCUGGUGAUGCCAUCUUGAAAGCUAGUGCUGCCAGUGAGGCAAUAGAGAAAGUGUAUCAUGGCCAGGCAGUUGGACCAAUUACAUUCCAAACGAAGUUCCAGCUACAUCUUGUUUGGACUCUUGAGCAGGUUAAGAAAAACAUUGAGGAUAGGACUCACCAACACAUAGAUGCCCGCUCAAAGGCGAGGUUUGAUGGAGCUGCACCUGAACCUCGAAAGGGAAUAAGAAGCGGUCAUGUACCUGGCAGCAAGUGUAUACCUUUUCCCCAAAUGUUAGAUGCUUCACAGACGCUCUUACCAGCAGAUGAGCUUAAGAAACGGUUUGAUCAAGAAGGCAUCUCCUUGGAAAGCCCUGUGUUUACGUCAUGUGGGACUGGUGUGACUGCGUGCAUACUUGCUUUGGGCAUGCAUCGACUAGGAAAGCAAGAUGUUCCAGUUUAUGAUGGAUCUUGGACUGAAUGGGGAGCUCAUCCUGAUACACCUGUUGAUACUUCAUGAAUCUGGAGGCUCGGCAGCAAUGUGCACAGCAUGAGUUUCCCUUGUUCAAUUCUCUGAUUGUGACGAAAGUUGUAUUUAGAACAGUUGAAUAACAAGAGUGCUAUUGCUUUUAUAAUUUUUGAGUUGCACGUUGUAUCAGAAAACAUUGGCGUUAGAACAUGAGAAAGGUGUCUGACGAAGGAAAGAUAAAACAAAUACUUGGUUUUGGAACGA